AUGACAGAUAUCACGCCAACAUCGAGUAAAAAACUCACCUCCAGACUCUCGCAGGCACUUGAGUCGGGAGCACAAGAAGGCCCUAUUGUCCUCACGGACUCGGAAGAUGAAGACGAAUUUGUCAAAAAGUAUGGGGACAUCGACUUCCAAUAUAUCAAACGGCCCCGAACUUCGUUCUGGUUCACCCGCCCACACGCCCUCAACUACUUCCAAGACGGAGUGUUGUACCGCACCAAGGGUGAACGGCUGUCCACCAAAACAGAGUUGUUUUUGGACUUGAUGUACGUGGGGAUCAUCGCUAACUUAGCGGGGGAUGCCACUGAGCACGCUGGCUGGGGCGCUUUAUUGAAGUAUAUUUUGUUGUUUGUGGCGGUGUGGACCGUGUGGUGCGACAUCAAGGACUUCACCAACUACUACUACAACGAGGACUUGAGCCAAAAGGUAUAUAUCUUGUGGAUUUUGGCACUAUUGACGGUAUUUUGCAAUAACCAAACACAGAUAUUGGCCAACCGACUGGGAGCUGCGUUUGUGGUUGGGCCAUAUAUUUUGUGCCGGGUGUCAUUGGCAUUGGGUCUAUUUGUGUACACCUUUUGGAUUCCCGAGCACCGGGUGCAGCAGCGGGUCUACAGUGCCACCAUUAUGGUGACGUCGUGCCUCUGGAUCAUCGUGGUGUUUGUGGGCACCCGGGCCAAAAUCGGCUUGGCGGUAGCCAUCAUGGUGUUGGAGAACGUGUGCUUCGUUACCUGCUUCACACCGUGGUUCAAGCGUCAGUUGGGAUUGACAACCUCCACCGCCUUGAACAUCGAACACGAAGUCGAGCGGUUCUCGGUGUUUGUGACCAUUGCCAUCGGGGAGUUUUUGUAUAAGAUUGUGGCUGGUGGUGACUUGGACUUGGGAUUCCAAGUCCAUUUGUGGCGAGGGUUAUUAUUGUUGGUGGACGCCUACGUGUUGUUUUGGAUCUAUAGCUACGGGUCGAUGGCUCGUCGGGCCACGCAUGCGUUGAGGCACUCGGCGUUCCGAGCAGUUCUGUGGAUCUAUUUGCACUUGCCGUUAGUAGCCUCCAUUGUGUUGGCAGCCGAUGCCGGAGGAGACUUGGUGCUGAUCAACGAGACGAAGGAAGCGGAGGAAGCGGAGGAAGCGGUCGACAUCACCGCCGUCAAGUUCUUCUUUACCGGCGGGUUGUGUGUGGCAUUGGUAUCGAUGGGGUUAUUGGGGUUGACAGAUGAUCCCAAGGAUCCGCCCGAAACCUAUAUAGUGGGACGGUUUUGGCGGGUGGUGUUUCGGAUUCCGGUGGGGGUGAUUGUGUUGGUGUUGCCGUUUGGCGACUUGGGCAUCACCGGGAUUAUGGGGGUUGCUACGAUAUUGAUGGUGGUGUUGUUGGUGUGGGAGUCUGUGAGUGGGACGCCGAAGAAUUGUCUUUUUGGCGGGAGUCGAUAG